CACAUGUCAAAGAAGUCUAUUUCGUAAGUAUUUUCUUUGUGAAUAUAAUAGGACCGUCGCAGCCGACACCGGUACACCCAUCUUGCAUGGCUUGCGUGUUGCAAUGACGCUCUCAGCAUUCUCGCUCAGAAUGAAAGCCCUUCGUGCGAAUGCAGCGAUGUAUCGGUUGCCAUCUCCAGCAGUGCGAGCUGGGACAGUGCGUCGUUGCGCUUCUUCCUCCUCGCCCCCACCUCCGCCACCGCCGCCUCCCCCGGGCGGCAGCGGUGGUGCAGGCGCGGGGGCAGGCGGCCCCCUGCCCCCUCCUGGAGCCCAGUGGUGGUGGCGGGCGCUGCAGGUCUGCGCGGGAGUGCUGACGACUGCGGGUGUUGCCGCUGCCGCGCUGCCUUCCGUGCUCAACACGCAGUGGGGGCUGCAGCGGGCCAUGGAGCUUGUCAACACACGCAUGCCGGGUCGUGUGGAGGUGGCGGAGGCGCGGCUCAGCUGGACCGGCCCCUGCGAGCUGCAGUGCGUCAAGGUGUACGACAGCCCUCGCGGCGGGCAGAUCCUGCUGCACCUCAACAAGGUCUCCACGGCAGCAAGCCUGUGGCAGCUGCUGACCGGUAACAGCGGCUUCAAUCUGGUGAUCUCCAAGCCCUGGAUCAACGCCAUCUACGACCCACGGGUCUCUGACUUCAAACUCAUCACCUUUGCGGAGAAAGUCGGUCUGCUCAAUGCGCCACCGCCACCUCCUCGUCGACAAUCCUCGCAGCAACAACAACAGCCCGCAGCCGGCAACGGUAGCGGCAACGGCAGCGGCAACAGUCGGUUGGUGCAGGCGUUGGCUCGUGUCAACAGCAAGAUGGGGUUCAAUGCGGACGUGCGUCUGGGUGGUGUGAACCUAGUGGUGGCGGAUGGGAUGCUUCUGGUGGCGGAAGAAGUCAGGCAGAUCAUGGGCCCGGCGGUUCACGUCACGGGUGCAUUCGGGGAGAAGGAGCUGCGCGAGUGGGCUUCGGAGCUGGGAUUGGAUGUGCAGUGGGCGGUGAUCAAGCCCGCUGCCGCCUCCGCCUACUCCGCCUCCGCUGCGGACUUGCGGCCGCCGCCGGCGGUGAUGCAGCGGCCGGCCGCCUACCGCCCCGGCAUGAUGCAGGUUCACUCGGAGCACUUCACGGGCGAGGUGCGCCUGUGGCAGGCGGAGGACCACUCGCUGCUGCACCAGCCCGCCACCGCGCAGCUGGACCUCACACCCGCGCUGUCCAGGUUGGGUCUGGGCAGCGCCAACCCGCUGCUGGGUGACGUGGCGCAGGUGGGCGGCGGGGAGCGGCUGCAGGUGGCGUUCAGCCCCGAGGGAGGCCGGCUGCCCUACCAGGCGGCGACUGUGGAGAUGGCCCCCACCACCCUGCUCCUGGGCCCCUCCUCCAUCGCCGCGGGGCUGCUGGGCGAGCUGGGGCUGCACGGCCUCUCACCCGCCACCGCCAUCGCCGCAGCAGGCGCCAUCGCUGCUGCCAAGGGCGCUGCGGGCAGGGAGGGCGCCGCCGCCGCCGCCGCCGCUUCCUCCUCCCCCGCAUCGCUGCAAGCCGAGGUCUCCCGCAUGCGGGUGCACUUCCGGCGGGAUGCGGAGCUCCGGACCGAGCGAGUGGACAUGCGGAUUGGAGCCGCCGCAGGGGCCGCGGGUGCUGCUAGCAGCAGCGGCAGUGAUAACGACAACAGCAACAACAACAACAGCGGCAGUGGUGGUGUGCGGGUGGCGCUGUGGGGUUCCGCAGACCUGCAAAAGGACCAGCUAGACUUUACGCUGGGUGUGGCACCCGGGCCGCUGCUGGAGAGGCUGGGGCUGGGCGGUGAUGCGGGGCUGCCGGAGGGGCUGCUGCUGCUGGUGCCGCUGCGGGGGCCGGUGUCGGCGCCUCGGUAUGAUGUGGGCGGCGCGGUGGUGCGGCUGGGGCAGCUGGCGGCGCGACAGAAGGCGACGCAGUGGGCGGAGCGGCAGGAGCAGCGCAGGGAGAACGGAGAGGGCGGUGUUGCGGCCGGUCUGGGUGCGCUGCUGAGCGCUGUGGCGCCCCCCGGGGAGCUGCUGGCGGGGCUGGAGCGGCAACUGCAGGAGGACCUGGCCAGGAUACCGCCGCCACUGGAGGCGUAGGAGGAUGCAGGGCUGGGGACGCGGUGCAAGUAUUAAGGCUGGGUGCCAGCUGGUUUGGAGCCUCGUGAGGCGUGGCGUGGAAAGAGUGAUCAGGUGUCGUGGCAUGCAACUAUCUGGAAAGGGUACUACCGGUAGCUCCUCUCUGGCAUCUGGAACUCUGAAGCAAUUGCGAGGCAGUGUAUCAGCGUGCGCUUGUGCCGAUCAGGCGGGGUAAGGGUUUACACGUACACAUGGUUAAGACGUUCAAAGACUCUGAGCUGAUGCCCUUGAAAAUGGUCUUGUAGAGCCCGGCGGCCGUCUGGUGGCGUGGUGACGGUGCAGGUGUAAUCCAUAACCCAUGACACUCGGGCGCCGACUUACAUAGGUGCUCAUUGCUCACAUGCUCAGUAACCUAACCUCGAACUCCACACUGUGUACAGAUAGAUGAUAAAUAAGCCGAGAAGUAGUCUGCAUAC